AUGCAGCCUCCAAAUCGUAAUCCUAGAAAUCAACCUCAAUUGAUGGCAACCUUGAUGGCCCCACUGGCAGCAAUCACUCUGGGCGGCCGACAUCUAUCCAGAAUGUCUUCGUCAAAGAUGAGCGACGUUGUGUUCUUGAUGCCCUCCGUCAAGGACGAGGCAAGGUCAAACAUGCCGACCACUGGCUUUGUGACGGCCCCAACUAUUCCCUUGCCAAUGCCUUUUAUGAGCCCAGGAAUCCCGGAAUGUUUGGCGCCCUCAAUGGGUCUCUCCACGAUUCCCGUGAUGCCGGAGGCAAUUGAUGUUACCAAAGACUUUGCGCCCGUAGUCAUGCCUAAAAGUUAUGUUUUGGCCGCUAGUUUUGGCCGUACCUAA